AUGGUGGCUAAAGUAGUUUGUGCCAUUUUGAUCUGGACCUGUCUCUGGGUGUUACUGGUCUCUAGCUUGACGUGUGCAUUUGAGUCUGACAUAGAUUGCCUGAGAACAUUAAAAUCCCAACUUAAGGACCCCAAUGGACAUCUGUCCAAUUGGGUAUUUGAAAACCACACUGAAGUUUAUCUGUGCAAGUUCAGUGGUGUGGUUUGUUGGCAUGAUGAUAGCAAGAACCUGGUAUUAAACAUCGAUCUUGGUGGUUUUGGUCUGGAGGGAGAGUUUCCUAGUGGGAUUAAGGAAUGCUCGUAUUUGGUGGUUCUAAAUCUGACUGGAAACAACCUCUCUGGCACUCUUCCAUCAGACGUUUUCUCCGCUCUUCGAUAUCUUAGUGCUAUGGAUCUCUCUUACAAUAGCUUCUCUGGUGAAAUCCCUGAUACUUGGACAAACAUCACCUAUCUAGAUACUCUUUUGCUUGAUCAUAACCGGUUCACUGGUCACAUCCCGCCCGCUCGUUAG